AUGGCGCGGCUUCUCAAGAUCCAGCUGGAGAAGAAGCUCCCCAACACGAAAACAUUCGUGGACUGCGAUGAUCUCAACGACUUGACACGAUUGUUCAGUUAUGUCGGCCAGGACACAGAGACCUUUGUCAUCCUCGGAUCGCCGGGCAUAUUUCUGCGCAAAUGGUGCAUCGGCGAGAUGGUCACUGCAUGGCAAGGCCGCAUACCAUCUCGGCUUCUCUCCUGGCCUUCUCUUGUCAUUCCGGAUGAGACUUUCAUCGAGAGCUACUCAACGAAUGUCCCCGACGUCGCUGAGCUGGUCAAGUUCGGGAUCAGUUUGGCGGAGGUGAAGGGCAUGCUCAGGGAGCUUGGCCAGGUGGAGAUCCUGAGGUUGCCGGGGCAGCUCACGCCUCAGCACGUCAAGGACCUGGUGGACUCCUUGCUUGGCUUCAGGGUGAGGUCCGUGAUGCGCCUUGCGACCAACAGUCAGGUGGAGAUCGACUCCGGGUGUCCCAUCCUGGCAGACCCCGACAACAUUGAGGCCGUGGCAUCGGCCACCGUGCUGUCGAUUUUGCUAAAGCCGCUGCUGUUGGGCAGCCACGUGCCUUGCCCUUUCGUUCUUCUCAAAGGCUCCUCUGUGCUGGCCUCCACAAAGACCUCGUUGAUGUUGUGCAGCCGGGGCUGCUUCAAGUCACCGCAGAUCCAGCAGUGGCUUCUGCAAGCCUGUCGGUCAGGCUCCUGCUCCAUGAUUCCUGUCAUCGCGGAGGAGUAUUUUCAAAUACCCUCCGCCAGCUACGAGACAGAGCUCCAGGAAAUGUUUUUUCGCGAAGGCGAGUUGCACUUGUACAGCAUGACUCUUCAAGCCCUCUUCGAAGAGAUCGCCGUCGUUUUCGUGCCUCAAAGUUAUUCUUCGACUUCCCAAGACCUUGCCCUUCGGGCUCGCCAGGCAGCGCAGCGACUGACUUCCCAGCUGCAGACUCUGCAGACAAAAGUCUUCCGGCUCAUCUCCUCGAGCCAACGCUUAGAGAAUUCCGACUUAGGCGACGGUGACUCUCCCGAAGCGGAGUAUGUCACGCGUGCCUUCUAA